AUGAUCACCUACCUCCCGAGGAAGACAGAGAGUCAUGAUCACCUACCGUCCGAGGAAGACAUAGAGAGUCAUGAUCACCUACCUCCCGAGGAAGACAUAGAGAGCCAUGAUCACCUACCUACCGAGGAAGGGCAGAGAGUCAUGAUCACCUACCUCCCUGAGGAAGACAUAGAGAGCCAUGAUCACCUACCUACCGAGGAAGGCAUAGAGAGUCAUGAUCACCUACCUCCCGAGGAAGACAUAGAGAGUCAUGAUCACCUACCUACCGAGGAAGGCAUAGAGAGUCAUGAUCACCUACCGUCCGAGGAAGACAUAGAGAGUCAUGAUCACCUACCUCCCGAGGAAGGCAUAGAGAGUCAUGAUCACCUACCUCCCGAGGAAGGCAUAGAGAGCCAUGACCACCUACCUCCCGAGGAAGACAUAGAGAGUCAUGAUCACCUACCUCCCGAGGAAGACAUAGAGAGUCAUGAUCACCUACCUCCCGAGGAAGACAUAGAGAGUCAUGAUCACCUACCUCCCGAGGAAGACAUAGAGUCAUGA